AUGUGGAAGCUUAGGUUUGGAGACGAGGGUGGUAAUGACCCUUACUUGUACAGCACGAACAACUUCCAUGGGAGGCAAACAUGGGAGUUCGACCCGGAUGCCGGCACUCCCCAAGAGCGAGCAGAGGUUGAAGAAGCUCGGCUGAGUUUUUACAACAAUCGUCACCAGGUCCAAGCUUGUAGUGACCUCCUCUGUCGCAUGCAGGUGGGUAUACAAAAAAACCUUACAAAUUUACUAAGACCUUAUCGAUAUCUAUUUUUUGAUAAUGUAUCUUACUUCAGUAUUUUUUGCCAGCCAUUAAUGAUGCUUGCUUGCUGGGUUGAAGAUCGGAAUGGAGAAUCCUUUAAGAAGCAUCUUGCAAGAGUUGCAGAUUACAUAUGGAUUGCAGAAGAUGGAAUAACUACGCAGAGUUUUGGUAGCCAGACGUGGGAUGCAAGUCUCUCUAUUCAAGCUUUACUUGCUGGAAAUCUCACUGAUGAACUUGGAUCUGUACUUAAAAAAGCACAUGAGUUCCUAAACAAAUCUCAGGUUAGGGAUAAUCCUUCUGGUGACUUCGUAGCCCAUUACCGUCACAUUUCUAAAGGUGCUUGGACUUUCUCUGACCGAGAUCAUGGAUGGCAAGUUUCUGAUUGUACUGCAGAGGCUUUGAAGUGUUGCCUAUUAUUGUCAACGAUGCCGACACAAAUCGUGGGUGAACCAAUUGAAUCUGAGCGCUUGUAUGAUGCUGUCAAUGUCAUACUUUAUCUACAGAAUCCAAAUGGAGGGGUAUCAGCCUGGCUGCCAACAGGAGCUCCACAAUGGUUGGAGUGGUUCAAUCCAAUAGAAUUUUUCGAGGAAGUCGUCAUAGAAUAUGAGUAUGUUGAGUGCACUUCAUCUUCAAUUCAAGCAUUAGCGUUAUUCAGGAAGUUAUACCCUGGGCAUAGAAAGAAACGUGUCGAUGAUUUCAUCACUCGUGCAGCAUGGUACCUUGAAGACAUGCAGACACCUGAUGGCUCAUGGUAUGGAAAAUGGGGAGUUUGCUUCAUCUAUGGAACACUGUUUGCAAUUCGAGGGUUGAAGGCUGCUGGCAGGACGUACAGAAAUUGUGAGGCAAUUCGCAGAGGUGUUGCAUUUUUACUCAAAAUACAGACAGCUGAUGGUGGUUGGGGAGAGAGCUAUACUGCUAGUAGAAACAAGAUCUACACACCUCUUGAAGGAAACCGAUCGAACUUGGUGCAGACCGCAAUGGGAUUAAUGGGAUUAAUUCAUGGUGGACAGGCGGAGAGAGACCUUACUCCCAUUCACAGAGCUGCCAAGCUUUUGAUUAAUUCUCAACUGGAAAAUGGAGAUUUCCCCCAACAGGAACUGAUGGGGCUUUUCAAUGUUAAUGCCAUGUUACACUAUGCAGCAUACAGAAAUAUCUACCCAAUUUGGGCUCUCGCAGAAUAUCGGUCCCUUCCCUACUUUAGAUAG